UGUGGGUUACACUUUGCAUAGUUCAUGCACAUGGAAGUGGCAGCGAUGUUUGCUUUACAAAACUGUAGCCGCUUGAUGUUCUAAGAAAGUUAUAGUUGUAGGAGGAAAUAUAUUCCACUCUAGUGAUAGGAGGAGGUGGAGUUGAAUGGGUGGAUACCUUCUAGCAGUGAGUCUGUUGUGCAGCAAAGAUCCAGCAGCACUUAUGAUUGUUGUGUUUUAGUACUCAGUUAUUAUCAUAUAAUAUGGGAAGACGUUGUUGUAGUGUGACGUUUGGAUUGCUGAUUGCAAUGGAUUUCCUCAUACAGACUGCAGCUAGUGGAACAGAAUAUAUUCCUCCGCCAACUAACUUCUCUCUAAAAAUGGAUGGAAUGUUUUCUUUUUUUUGGGCAUGGAAACCUCCCAUGGUGAACGGCACAUGUACAUUUCAUAAACAUAUGACGUCAUUAGGCAAUGGAAAAUCAACACAGGCUUACGGGACGGAACCAAACUGGAAUGUGAAAUUUGGAGAAUUUGAUCUAAAUGGUGACUUAUCACUUGAUGUUGAAGCGCUAUGCAAUAACAGGAGAAGUGAAAAAGUUAAUUUUGUUACACAGUUGGUACCAGGGUACAACUCAACUUCAGUGACAGAUUUCAGCUGUGUCUGGUAUGAUAUGGAAUAUGUGAAUUGCACUUGGACGGUUGUACAAGACCCACCUAAUACUUACUUCUACUUUGUUCAUUGGGAACAAAACUCUUCUACUGUGGAAACAAAUAGUAAACCAUCAGAUUUUCUGGACUUAAUAGACACUGGGAAGGGCUGUACGAUGUAUUUCAGUUGGGAUCGAUGGAUUCUACGAUGCCAGUUCACUAUCCAGGAAGAUCUCUUCCUCAAGUUGCUAACGGUCGUAACAGACAAAUUUCGGAACAUAAAACCCUACAUCUUCUAUACAGAAGCUAGAGAUAUAUUACAAUUCUCACCGCCGAUCAUAACUUAUGUGAAUAUGAAUUCAAGCCGGAGUUUAUACCUGCAAUGGAGUGUAUCCCAAAAUUAUAGGCUCAUGGAAUUUGAGGUGCUAGUGAAAAUGUCACCCCUUGGUACAGAACAAAGAUAUGAGGUCAAAGAAGAGUGUUACAAAGAAAUACCCAACCUCCUGCCUGAAGUCACAUACACAGUCACAGUACGUGCAAGACUUAAUGAACAUUUGCAAGGUAACCAAGCUCACUGGAGUGACUGGAGCAAAGAAAUUACGCGCCCAGGAACAGGCUAUGGUAUCUCUACUAUCUUGCCAAUUGUAAUUCCACUUAUUGUAGUUGUUGCUGUAAUCAUUCUACUUAUCUUCCUAAAAAGAUUAAAGAUUUGUAUUUGUCCUUCAAUUCCUGACCCUAGAAAGAGUUUCCCAAAUGAUCUGAAGGAAUGGAUAAAAACCGAGACACCAAAUUUACACAACAAACCUGAGAAAGUGGAAGUCUACCCCGUCUCUCUGAUGGAAAUCCCAUUACCUUCUGCACAAACCGACUGAGGGACGUCAGUUCUAUGGGAGUUCUAUGGAAUCUGGACUAAAGUUGCUGUAACUUUAAUAACAUCUGAUUGAUAUAGGUUUUAGUCCCGUAUUUUUAAUGCAGCAAUCAUUUAUAUGGUUAAACCAACCUGGUUUUGCCUUGUAAAUGAUCGCCGCUUUAAAAUUACAGUAUGUGCACAUAUUCCCGCACAUAUAGCAGGCUAUUACAUAAACCCGGAUACUUUGCUCUUCUAUCAGAGAAGAUCAUUAUUUUCAUUCACUUUGCACCUUAAUUUGGAAGCAUAAGGACAAACAGCGCUCACCAGGGGAAAUUACCUGAGAAAGCUGAAGAGGAGUUUCUGUUUAUUAAUUUGUUCCUGUGUCCCCUACGGUUAUGCACUACAUCGUUAUAGUAAAUGUAACCACACUGUGACUGACAGAGAAAAUGUGUCUGACCUGCUCAACAUUGUGCUCCAAGCAGUACUGGACUAGGACUGAGAAGCAGCUCUGACAUAUAACACACACGCGGCCCACGUUUUGUGUUUACAUCUGAAACAGUCUAAUGCAGUGGUUCCCAAACUUUUUAAAAUCACGACGGCCUAGAGUAUCAGAAUUUUUUUUUCACGGCACCCGUAGACCAAAAGUCAAAACUCAGGGGAAUAAAGGUCUACAGAAAAUGUCUACAGAGAAUAUAAUAUAUUUAUUUGUUGUUUUCCUAUUUCUGAGACCUCAGCAAAACGUGAAUAUUUCAGCCACAGUGAGCCCAGCAUCUGUGCAAUGCUCAUUUCAUCUGCGUCACUGUCCAGAAUGUUUUCCUGAGCUGUAACUAUAAUAAGGAAGCUGUCUAUGGAAUAUGCUGGACCGAACUCUGGGUUUUACUAGAGAUUUUUACUUGUCUCAAUGUCCCACCCAUUUCAUUUUCUAAGUUUGUCUACUAUGGGCCUGAUUCAAGCUUGUAUGCUAACCCGAUGGUUACCGUACAUGUCUGAUGGUGGGGACACUGCGCAUGUGCAGACUUGCGCAAUACGGUCACCAAUAUCCGCCUGCACCCGGAGCAGAGGAGCUAGGGAUAGUAGCUGGUGUCCUCCAUAGAUAUAACAUUUAUUAUUUAUUUAUUAAUCGUUUCAUAUAUAGCGCAGCAUAUUCCGUUGCGCUUUACAAUUAGAACAACAGUAAUAGAACAAAACUGGGUAAAAACAGACAGACAUAGAGGUAGGAAGGCCCUGCUCACAAGCUUGAAUAUUGCUCAUGCAGACCUGAAGAAACACGCAUAUAGGGCUUAUUCAGAGUUGGUCGCAGAUUUUGCUAUUAUAGCAAAAUCUGCGACCACUAAAAUUGCAUGCUUAGGGCCACCCAGCACAGGACAAUGCCGCCCAGCAUGUGUGGUGCUGCCCUACAAUGAGAUCGCAAUUUGAUUGCGAUCGCAUCGCAAAAAACUCAAAUAGAAGUUGACCCCUUCCUACGCAGCCUGGCUACAUAGUCAGACGCACCACCGCCAUGUGUUCGAUCUCAGGAAAUGCAGGCAACGUCAUCGACCGGCCCCAAAAACGUCUGUGACAUGCCUGUGUCCAUUCCCUCUCAACGCCGCGUUGCCUUUCCCGGAUGCCUGCCGCUUGUCAAUCAUGAUGCGAUCACAUCCUUCUGGGAUGCAAUCGCAUUUUGAUUGGUCACACACGCGCACUGCGGCCGCAGUGUUCCAAAAAUUGCAAACGGGCGAUUUUGGAACACUGCGUCCACCCCUGAAUAGCCCCCAUAGGCCUGUUAUAGGGAGGGACAAAUACACACAUGAUGAUGAUGACUUGUCGAACACUUGGCAGUUAUAUGUACCAUAGAUGAUUUGAUUCUUCUCUAAAUCCGAAUAUAAAAAUUAUUAAUUGUA